AUGCCAUUGAAUAUGUCCUUAGGAGUGGGUUUGAGCGGGCAGGCACAAAACACCCUGCCAUCCGACUCUGCUCGCUACGAUCCCAUCAUUGCUAACGCCACGCAUGACGGCCUCGUUCGGGUCGGCAACCUAGCACAUCAACAAGUCUGCUACCAACUUAUGCAGGCUCAGGUUGAGAUGGCGAAGCUAAAAAAAGAGGUGGAUCGGCUGUCAUGGAAUAGGAACGCGUACGAUUCCCUGAUAGCCCAGCUUUUAGGGGGAGAUCGUGGCGCUGCGACCAUCGUUUCCCUGCCCACUGGCGGUGAAGACUCCAAGGAUGUGUUUGUAUCCUCUUCUGUUCCAUCCUUAUCGAUCUCCCUUCAACAGUGCCCCGCCCAUGUUGUCCUUGGCCUCGGAAUGAAGGCGCUUACUCCGCCAACCCGUGCUGAAUGUCCGGACACUCGAUUCUGGGCCAUCUCCGACUGGAAUUCAUUCACGAAGCCGGCCGCACAGACAAAAAAAGGAGGUAACCACUCCGUUUUAUAUACUGAGCUCUCUCACCAGCAAGCCGACGACAUGCGAGUGUGUAUCUACAGCCUGUUCCUGUCGCUUGCGUCGACUGGCCAGGCUCCGUCGCAAUCAGGCUCCCUUGGGCAUGAGGCUCUGGAAUAUAUCCACGGCAACCUAGCCACGGCAUUCCCGCCUCUUCUCCGCUGCGAAGGUGGUCACUGGAAGAUUGACAAGCUAAUUUCUCAGCUUUACUCGAACUGGUGGCGCGACCGUGGAAAGAAAUACAUUCCACCUGCCGGACACGACAACUUGCCUCUGCCCAAGCGCGAGGCUUCCGAGGCACCUAUGCCAGAGACACCCGCUCCAAAGAGGCCACGGCCAGCGGCACCACCCGCAAUGUCGACCAUACCACGUCCGAAAUCUCGUCCAUCUGUUAAUCCGCAAGAGUUUCGCAGGACCGACCAGCCAAAACCGACAUCUAUUCCAUCUGUGUCGCUGAAUGUAUCACUUAGACCUGCUGAAGUAAUUGGUGCGUCUUUUCCCUUUUCCAUUACCUUCGAGUUCGCCCCUUUCAAUAUAAGACCGACAUCCACGCUAGCACUGGCUCCCACAGAUACACCUUCUGCGAUACCUUCUGCGUGGUCCGAUCCGAACAUGCAUAUUCCAUCAAGUUUGCCCCGCACGUCGCCGCCAUCAACGCCUUCGACUUUAGCCAUACCGUGCGAACAAGAGCUAAGGCCAUUCCCGACGUCGGAUCCACCUGCGACGGCGACAUCGACGGUAGAUCAAGUUCCAGUAUUGUUGACGAAGACAGCGAUGCCGUUGGCGGACAUGGAUGUUGAUUCUCUGUCCGCAACGCCGUCACAUCCAGCGCCCCGACCAAUUCACGCUGAAGCAGACGAACACAAGGCUUCACAACCACCUAUAUCACCUCGUCUCAAGCCUGCUGUCGUCGCGAAUGAAGCAAACCCUGGCGCCAUCCGCGAAGAUGCAACUGUCCUGAACGAGGCGGAUGCAGAUGUUGUACUAAGUGCAGCACGGGAUGAGGCUGACACUAACAAGAGCUCGGUCACCCCGACUGGGGGGUCUACCAUGUUGGAUAACGACGCACUUACAACACCAGCGACACCCUUGCUCCCUAUGGAUAUACCUCAAGAUGUUGUGAAGACUGCGCUUUCCAAGGAGCCCAAGGCAGCGGGGGGAUCGAAGAAGAAGGGCGGACGGGGUGGGCAAGGUAAGUUAGCGAAGGAUUACUACGACAAUAGCGACUACAAGGAAAAGAGCGUCAAACUCGGACUCUGGCUCACAGAGCACCCGGAAGGUCUUCAAGCUGUCUUCGAGAAGGAGUACUCGAAGUAUCUCACCCUGCCUUUGGACAACAUAUCUAGAGUCGAGGUAUGGAACGAGAUGAAACAACGGGCUGAUACAGCUGGUGUGAAACCCCGCAAGCAGACCCAAUCAAAGGCUAGCGCAAGCGGCUAG